UUUUUUUAUUUUUCGUUCAUUUGUGUCAUUCACACAUUUCCAACCCUGAGAGCCCCCAACUGGGUAGUAUCUUUAAGUUCUCUCUGUUUAUCUGCUGUGUUGGCGAAUGGAGCAACACAUGACAAUAUUUUCUCUCCUCUCGUAUUCGCUCUUCGCUGUAUCUUUUAGAACUCAAAACAAAUGCCCCCAAUAGAUAGAUAAUUUCGCCGUAGAAUUUCAAGUAGAAAAGAAAUAACGUAAAAGAAGAUGAGAAUGAAAUGGAAAGAAAGCAAGGCAAAAUACAAAAAAAAAAGCAGAAAAAAAAACAAACAAAUCAAAAGAACGAAAGAAAACGAUGAAGAAAAAAAAAACACUUUUCGCAAAUGCACUAUUAUCCGCAUGUGUUGGGUGCUCCUAUUUUCAGUAUCGCUGAGAUCUUCGUAGAGUACGGUCGUGUGCUGACUUGGGAAAUCUAAAGUGAAAACGCGACACGAAAUUGAAAAGAAAUAAAUUAAAAAGCCAAAACAAAACGAGAAUUUCACCCAAAAAAUACAAGAAGAGAAAUUACAAUAAAUAAUAAUAAAAAAAGAAUAAAAUAACCUAUCAACCAAAUUGGAAUCACAAGCGAAUUAAACAAAAAAGAAAAUAAUUUUUCAAUUUUGAAAUAAAAAAUAAGAAAACGAGAAGAGAAAAAUAAAGUAAAAUAAAUUGAAAACGAAAUAAAAAUUUGUUCUUAUCAACUGUGAAAUAAAACCAUGUAAAUACAAUUUGCGCGUGUGAUUUUGAAAUUUGUCCGUAUCGUCGUCGUCGUCGUCGUAGUCCCCCAUCGUCAUAUGCAGUUGGUGUAAAAAAAAAAUUUAAACAAAUAAAAAAUCAUAAUAAAAUAAAAUGCAAUUUGAAAUAAAUUACCAUAAAAAAUCAUCACCGGCGGCAACAAAGGCACGAGAACCAAAUAAAAGUUUCAAAUUCAAUGAAAUCAAGAAUUUUAUUAGAAAUUUCAAAGAAAUUUAAUUAUAGCCCAAAGAUAAAUAAUAAGCAGAACAGUAGUAAUAAUUGCUUAGCGGCAGCACCUGAGAUAACAACAAAUAGUCAAGAAGUAACAACAGCAACACAAACAACAACAAAAGUAAUAGCAACAAGAAAGAGGGAAAGAAGAACAACACUGAAGCCAAAGGCAGCAUCAUUAGAAAUAGUUAAAUUAUCAUUAAGGACUCCCCAAAGGAUAUUCAACAAAGGCAAUACCAAGUAUCCUGGCAACAAGAAAACAAAAACAGCAAAAACUCCUGUCAUUAGCAGUUAUCACAACAGCAACAACAGCCUCAUUAUUAUUUCCAACAAUUUCAAAAGUAACAACCAGCCUCGCUCUUUUUCCAAGAAACUGGUACGAACUCCAACAACAACAACAGCAACAAAUUUUUGCAAUAAAUUUUCAAAAUUAAAUUCAUUAAAACGGAGGGUCUAACAUUUGCAUUGUUAGCGGGCCCCAUGGGCCAGGCUGCCAGUAUGUGUCGAUUUCGUGGUUGUCGUUACAAAAAGAAUAAAAACAAUAAAAAUUGUAACCAACAACAACAGCAGCAGCAACAACAACAACAGCAACAUGUAACCCAACAGCAGCAUCAGCAGUUGUUGCAGCAUAACUCAUCAUCCUCCACAACUUCGAUAAUAAGUACAACACCAACGGCAGAGGCCACCACAAUACCCCUUACCUCUGGAAUAGCACCACCACCACCGCCACCCUUAACCACCUAUCAACCAAAACCUCAAACAACAUCCCUGCCCAAUGUAGAGUAUUCAAAUAAUGAAACAUCUACCUAUACUGUCAAUGGCACUGACAUACAAACGGAAACAACAGCAGGUCUCCACCUGCACAGCAUUGAAGAACCCACAACAAAUUCUGCUCAAUUUCAAUACAAUUCCUACAAUUCAAAUCCGCACAGUAGCCUAAAUCUUUAUGUUGGUCCAGCUGGCGGCAGCGGCGGUGCUGGCGGCAUUGGCAUUGGUAGGAUGACCACGGAGCUGGGGGGCACAGGUUAUGGUUCAGAACAAAAUUUACUACUACACAAUCGUACCGGUGUCCCCCUGGCCACAUAUCAGCAACAGCAACAACACCAGCAGCAUCAAUACCAACCACAAUUGCAACUACAACAGCAACAACAUAAUAAUUACUCAUCAUCAUCCUGCACAACAUCAUUAGGUUUAAAUCCACUAUCACCACAGAGGCACUAUGAUCCGGAAUAUGCACGCAUGGAGGCGUGGAUGGACGAGCAUCCGGAAUUUGUUCAGGAUUAUUUUAUAAGAAAAGCCACACGCCAGGUUGUGGAUGCCUGGCUGGUCUCGCAUGCAACAUCAGCCGGUAAUGACACAUCCAAUACAUCACCCACACAUCCCAAUGGACAAAAUUGCUCAUCACGUGGUGGUUCCGGAGCCACAACGCCAGUUAGAAAAAUAUCUGCACAUGAAUUCGAACGUGGCGGUUUGCUGAAACCAAUUGUCAAUACCAUCGAUGGCACCCCCACCUUCCUCAGCAUCGGUACAACAAAUGAUUGUUCCAUGGCCACCACCUCAACCUCUUCCUCCUCCACCGGCAAUAGUACGAGUAACAGUAAUGGCAGCAUGGGUAACAACAGCUUACUGUCAUCAGGUGCGGCUAAUGCAAGCGGUGGCGGUGUGGGCAACAGCAUUGGAGCCGGCGUUUGUUCCAGUCCUGGCAGUCAAGCGAAUUCUGGUCAUUAUUAUCCACAGGCGGGACAUCAUCAUCACCAUCAUCAUAAUCAUUAUCGGCCGCAACGUUUGUCACGCAACGAACUGAAGCAAUUGGACGAAAAGGAAUUAAUAUUUGAACUGGUAAAGGACAUCUGCAAUGAAUUGGAAGUUCGCAGCUUAUGCCACAAGAUUCUGCAAAAUGUCUCAAUACUGCUGAAUGCCGAUCGGGGUUCAUUGUUUUUGGUACAAGGUCGUUGCAGUGGCAGUGCCGAUGGUCCCAAGAAAUGUUUGGUAUCGAAACUCUUCGAUGUGUGUCCGCGCAGCACUGUCGAGGAAAUGGAACAACAGGAUGAGGUACAGAUUGCCUGGGGUACUGGCAUUGCCGGCCAUGUGGCGGAGAGUGGUGAGCCUGUGAAUAUACCGGAUGCUUACAAAGAUGAACGUUUUAAUUGCGAAAUCGAUACUUUGACCGGUUAUCGUACAAAGGCAUUACUUUGUAUGCCAAUCAAGGACUCAUCGGGUGAUGUCAUCGGUGUGGCCCAAGUCAUUAAUAAAUUGAAUGGUGAAUGUUUCUCGGAAACUGAUGAAAAGGUUUUUGCUUCCUAUUUACAAUUCUGUGGCAUUGGUCUACGCAACGCUCAACUCUAUGAGAAAUCCCAGUUGGAAAUCAAACGUAAUCAGGUGUUGCUCGAUUUGGCACGCAUGAUAUUCGAGGAGCAGAGCACCAUUGAGCACAUGGUUUUUCGUAUACUAACCCAUAUGCAGAGUCUAAUACAAUGCCAAAGAGUACAAAUCCUGUUGGUGCAUGAGGCUUCAAAGGGUAGCUUUUCGCGGGUAUUCGAUUUCGAAGCCAAUGACCUGAGCGAGGAGGAGUCAACGAAUCGCACCAGUCCCUAUGAGUCGCGUUUUCCCAUAAAUGUGGGCAUAACGGGUCAUGUGGCCACAACCGGGGAGACUGUCAAUGUCCCCAAUGCCUAUGAGGAUGAUCGUUUCGAUCCCAGCGUAGAUGAGGGUUCCAAUUUCAAACACAAAUCCAUACUCUGUAUGGCCAUCAAAAAUUCAUUGGGUCAAAUUAUUGGCGUAAUUCAGCUGAUUAACAAAUUUGAUAAUUUGGUCUUCACCAAAAACGAUGAAAAUUUCGUUGAAGCCUUUGCCAUUUUCUGUGGCAUGGGCAUACACAACACCCACAUGUACGAGAAGGCCAUUGUAGCCAUGGCCAAGCAAAGUGUUACACUGGAGGUAUUAAGCUAUCAUGCUUCGGCAACAAUGGAUGAGGCUCAUCGCCUAAGGCGUUUACGGGUACCCUCUGCUGCUCAUUUCCGUCUGCAUGAUUUCCGUUUCGACGACAUCCAUUUCGAAGAUGAUGAUACUUUAAAGGCUUGUUUACGCAUGUUCUUGGAUUUAGAUUUCGUCGAACGUUUCCAUAUCGACUAUGAGGUGCUGUGCCGUUGGUUGCUGAGCGUUAAGAAAAAUUAUCGCAAUGUAACGUAUCAUAAUUGGCGGCAUGCAUUCAAUGUGGCCCAAAUGAUGUUUGCCAUUUUAACGAUUUCCCAUCACGGACAGGCCACCCAAUGGUGGAAGAUAUUUGGUGAAAUGGAAUGUUUGGCGCUGAUAAUAGCUUGUCUGUGUCACGAUUUGGAUCAUCGGGGGACCAAUAAUUCAUUUCAAAUUAAGGCCUCUUCACCACUGGCUCAGUUGUAUUCAACCUCAACAAUGGAACAUCAUCAUUUCGAUCAGUGUCUGAUGAUUUUGAAUAGUCCCGGAAAUCAAAUUCUGGCCAACUUAUCAUCAGAGGAUUAUUGCCGUGUCAUAAAAGUAUUAGAAGAUGCUAUAUUAUCUACCGAUUUGGCAGUGUAUUUGAGGAAACGUGGCACAUUCUUACAAGAUGUCCACCAGCAACCUUUAAGCUAUUGGAUUGAUGAAGAGCCAAGAGCUUUGUUGCGCGCCAUGAGCAUGACAGUCUGUGACUUGUCGGCCAUUACCAAACCCUGGGAUAUAGAAAAACGUGUUGCCGACCUGGUUAGCUCUGAGUUCUUUGAACAGGGUGAUAUGGAAAAACAGGAAUUAAAUAUAACUCCCAUUGAUAUAAUGAAUCGUGAAAAGGAAGAUGAAUUACCCAUGAUGCAAGUCGGUUUUAUCGACUCCAUAUGCUUGCCAAUAUAUGAGGCCUUCUCUGUAUUAUCGGAUAAAUUAGAACCAUUAGUUGAGGGUGUACGUGAUAAUCGUCAGCAUUGGAUUAAAUUGGCUCAGGGUGUGGAAACCAAACAAACGAAGAAGAGUAACGGCAUUGUUAAGGCCAAAAAUAACAAAAAUAGUGGCAACAACAAUAACAACAACACUUGUAGCAACAAUAAAAAUAGUAACAAUGAAAAUUCUUCAGAAAAUGGUGGCAAUGGUGAUCUCAGUUCGGAUGUUAAUGAUGCUGCCGAUAAUGAAACUUUGCAAAAUGAUGCAACCACCACUGAUGAGUGUCCCGAUGAGGCCGACGAAGAAACUGGUAUUGAGGCCGAUGAUGAUGAUUCUGAGAUAGAAAUUGAACAUCAUUCAAAUGAUGGCUAUAGUUCGGAUUCAAGUCAUCUCUCGACGCCACCACCCACCGGCGAAGAGGAUAGCUCACCCACCUCACCGGCCAAAACAGAGGCCGCUACCAAGAAACAAGCCCAGCUAAUGGUUGAAAAUCUUGAGAGUCUUAAUCACAAUCCUCUGCACAAACAGCGCAAUUCAUCAUCGUCGUCGUCAUCGUGUAGGAAUUGUGAGUGUAUGCGUUUGAGGAAAACGUCUUCGUUGAAGGGAGCCAGUGAUUAUCAGCCACAUUGCAGUGGUGGCAAUAGGUCUCACAGUAAAAGUACCCCCUCGAUGACAAGUUGUGGUACAACAACGACAACACAGGGUGCUGGUCACCAUCAAAAUACCUCUUCCUCAUCCUCCUCCAAAGAAUGUCAUUGUCAUCAGAGCAGUAGUAGUCGCGGUGGUAGUGGUCAUCAUCACCACCACCAUCAUCAUUCGAAGCACAGUCAUCAUCAUCACCAGGGUUUGGGUAAUACACCCAACACUCAUACCGGUCAUCAUCAUCACUAUCACCAUCAUCAUCACCACCACCAGAGCAAUAGUCUGGGUGGAGGUGGUGGUGGCGGCAGCAGUGCUGGUUCCUCAUUGUGUGGUGGUCUGUCAAAUAACUCCAGUCUUUCGGAAAGUGAUAAAAUACCAAAAAUUGUUGGUAAAUUGGGAAAUCUCGAUGCGUUGCAUCAUGUUGCCGGUGCCAACAACACCAAUGGAUCGGGCGUUCUGGCCACCCCACCAAAUGGUCUGUGCGGAGGAUUUGGAGUACCGAAUCGUUUGGCCUCCCGGCGUCAUUCGGAAAUAAAUGGCAUGACUUUAAAUUUAAAUUCCAAUUUGAAUUCCUGCAGUACAAGUAAUGUUACCCUAUCACCGGUGGUAACACCGCCCAUGGUGGCGGUCAUAGCAGCGGCAGUACCCGUGUUAACGCCAGACAUAAUAUCAUCGGCAACAGCGGUAACGGCAUCACUAUCGACCACAACAACACCAACAAAAUCGUCAGCAUCGGCAUCGUCGUCAUCGGCAAGAACAGAAGGAGCGGCAGCAGCAACCACGUGUGAUAAGUAAAUUUUAGUAAAACAAAAAUAAAACGGUAGUGGUAACGACAAUUUGUGAUUUAUUUUUUUUUUUUUUAUAAAUUCAAUAAAAAAACUGAAUGUGGCAAUGAUACACCACACACCAAA